GCGAUUUCCGGCCCAGGUUUCUGCGUUUCCGCGCAGGUGCGGACAGAGCCGAAAGCGAAGCCUGCGACUCGGGGCGUUGCCGCCACUCGCAGUCCCGCUCUUCUUAAGUGCGCGGUUUGCUGCAAAGUCUCCUAAUUUUCUUCCUUCCCUACAGAAGCCGCGAGCGUCCAUGGCGGGCUUAGAGGUUCUCUUCGCAUCGGCGGCGCCGGCCAUCAGCUGUCCGCAGGACGCACUCGUCUGCUUCCUCCACUGGGAAGUGGUGACAAACGGCUACUAUGGCUUGGGCACCGGCGACCAGGCAGGUCCCAGUGAUAAGAAGUCAGAACUACUGCCAACUACGUGGAACAGCAAUAAAGAACUAUAUGUCCUCCGGUAUGAGUCUAAGGACGGGGCCAGAAAACUUCUCCUGAAAGCUGUCUCUGUAGAGAAUGGCAUGAUCAUCAACGUGCUGGAGCAUGGCACGCAGCAGGUAGCAGACCUGCCCCUGACCUUAGAUGACUACAUUGAUGCCGAGGACCUGAGUGAUUUCCACAGGACCUACAAGAACAGUGAGGAGCUUCGGUCUCGGAUCAGAUCUGGAAUUAUCACACCUAUCCAUGAGCAGUGGGAGAAGGCUCGUGUAAGCAGUCCCCAGAGAGAGUUCCCACCUGCUUCUGCCGAAGAGGUGGACCCGCUCCGGAUUUCCUCACACCACCCUCAUACUAUCCGGCAGCCUCCUUGGCGUGAUCCCCUGGGCCCAUUUGCUGUCGGGGGAGAAGACCUAGACCCCUUUGGGUGUCAGAGAGGUGGCAUGAUUGUGGAUCCUCUGAGAUCUGGCUUCCCAAGAGCACUUAUUGACCCCUCCUCGGGCCUCCCAAACCGGCUUCCUCCCGGUGCUGUGCCCCCAGGAGCUCGCUUUGACCCCUUUGGACCCAUUGGGACCAGCCCAUCUGGACCUAAUCCUGACCAUCUCCCCCCACCGGGCUACGAUGACAUGUACCUGUGAAGGCCUCAAGAAUGUAACAUCUCAGCCUCCCUUUCACUCUCCAGAAGCUGCCACCACUGGCCCCAUCAGCGUCCGUGUUCUUGUGGGCUCUGGAUGGAGGAUUGUGCCCAUGUGUUUUCAGGCUUGCUGGGGUUGCAUCCCCAGCCCUUGUCAGAACUGAGACGCCUGCUGCAGCACCCCACCCAGCUGCAUAUAGGUCCCAAGGAGAAUUCAGUGUGUCUCUAUCAUCACCUGCUCCUCCCCACUUCCAAGGGAGACUCCGGCAACAUAAACCCUCCACCCGAUGCAGUCUCGGUCACAGCGCUAUAAGAACAGAACGCAUUUUGGAUGUUUUUAUUAAGAACCAAAUGUCAAUACAGAAUUCAUGUUGCCGGUC